UCGCGAGGGAAGAGGAUGCAGGAGGGCGAGCAUCACGACACCGCAGGGCGUGGUUGCACGCGACCGCGUGCGUAUAUAAACGUGUCCUGGCGUGUCGUGUCGCGUCGAGGAUAUACCGUAGGUGCCGCCGACACGAUCGCCAUGAGGAGCGAAAUCAUUUUUGUUAUUUACUAUUUGUUCGGCUGCGGCUUCGCUAAGCCGCCGGUGUUCCUCAGCUAUCAGGACAGCCUGGGCCAAUACAGUUUCGGCUACAGCGCGCCAGGAUCAGCCAGGUCGGAGGUCAGAACGUCCAACGGCGCGACCAGAGGCAGUUACAGCUACGUCGACGAGACCGGUGUCAUCCAGACCGCGCAAUACUUCGCCGAUAGUGAAAAUGGGUUCCAGGUGAUCGCGACGAAUCUGCCGCAGGCGCCGCUUCCGGUUCAGGACACGCCGGAAGUGAUGGCCGCGCGCACAGAGCAUCUCCAGGCCCUGGAACUGGCGGCCAAGAGGGACGAGGAGGCUCAGCAUCGCGAGGAGAAUCGGGUGAAUGCGAGCGAGAAGAAGAUCGGGGAGAGCCAAAGUGACGGGAAUCUUUCUAAGACGCUGGAACAACCGGGAACCAAGAUCGCGGAGACUUCACAGAAUGGAAAGGAGCAGAAAGCAUUGGAGAACACGAAGAAUAUCGAACUGAAGGACAGCGACGAGACUCUGCAGGCGGUCGCUUCGAGAAACGGCAUUGACAAGGCGAGCGAGAAGAGCGCGCAAAAGGAAUUCGUUGAAGGAGUAUCGCAGGAGAUUGUCGACGGCGCAAAUAUCCCAGCGAUCCCAUUAAUCUUCUCACGCGUGCUCUCGUCUCAGGCGCCGGGACAACACGCGAUACCGAUAUUUCGGAUCUCCUAUGGGAACUACGAGCUCGAGCCUUCCGUCAUACCGGAGUCAUCGAUCGCUGAAGGUGCUUCCGGCGUGAUCACGCCAGCGGCAACAGCCUUGAAGAGCGCAAUGCCGAUCCAGACCGAGGGAGCAGCUACGCUGGUAGCUCCGAAGAAGGAACAACCAUCGUCGCAACGUACGACCGAACAGAUUCGCGCCGUCAAUCCUGUGUCGAUCGCACCGAUUAGCGCAAUCCCGAGGCCGAAUGUCAUCAGAUACGUAGCGUCCACACCCUUCCACUAUGUCGCCUACGUUUUGUAAACACAGCGGGGAGAAUAUAAAGUAUUCGAUUCCCUGGGGCACUCGCGGUAUAGGCUGGAAUUAGAAGGUCGAACAAUGUGAAAUGAUCAAACUGGGAUUGGGAUUCUCUUCUUUCUGCGUUUGUCAAGAUAUUUUUAUUCUUCUUUACAAAAUAAUGCAGGAUGUUGUCGGACAAUACAACGGAGUAGUACACGUAUAUGGUCGAUACUAAGGACAAAGAUAAUCAAAAUCAGCAUCGUCGUCGCCAUCGCCGCCAUCGUCACUCGUCAUUGGUACAUGGAGACAUUGGUAUAGCGUGAGAAGUAAUACUUAGGUAUAUAAAUGGGAUGUUAAAUAGUAGUGUCUAAAAAAGAAAAAAAAAAAGAAUCUAGCUCUUUAUAGUCGAUGGGAGAGCCUAAUUAUGAACUAAUGUAAGACAUCCGAUAAUAAAAUGACGAAACUACUACACAAUAGCGC